GGUCCAAAUCGACCACAAUAUAAGCCCCUUUUUUAGGGUUACAAAAAACAUCCUUUACCUUUGUCGUGUUUUUUCUCUUUUUCUUGAAUUUUACAAUCACUUUUCCCCCCUCUCAUUUUAGUGAAAGUAAGAUUUGAGAGCAUUGAUUGAGUAUUUGGAGGUGUCAAGGUAAAAGGGUUCUUGAAUUUUGUGAAUUUCAUAUCAUUUCUAUCAAUUCUUGAUCAUAGAUAGGUGGUUGUAGUGAAGAGCUUUUGUGGGCUGGACACUAAUUUCUGUUUAAAGUUUUGAUUUUUUGUAUUGGGUUGUUUUCAUUUUGUCAAUUUCAAAUCAUUUCUAUCAAUUCUUGAUCAUAGUUAGGUUGUUGUAGUGAAGAAUUUUCGUGGGGUUAUACUAAUUUCUGUUUGAAGUUUCGAUUUUUGGUAUUGGGCUGUUUUCAUUUUGUGGGUUUUGAUCAGCUGAGGAAAAUAUUGAAUGGUUCAUCUUUGUUUGAUCAUUUAGUUAUUUGGGAAUUUGAUCUUUUUGGUUUGAAUUUCAAGAUUUGUUUUGGGUGUUUGAUUGUUUCAUGUAAAAUUUUAAGAUAUGCCAGCAACAGAUUUUUCAACUUUUGGGAGGUCUAUUCUGAGUUUACGUCGCGAUCAACAAGUACAUUCUAUGGAAUCUGGUGGUCAUGAGGGAACUAGCCAUGAGCUUGAGCUUGAAGCUUUUCAAAAACAAGUAGCUGAACGUUUCAAUGAUUUGGCAUCUGCUGACUCUGAUCAGCUUUUGUCGAUUCCUUGGAUUCAUAAAUUAUUGGAAGUGUUUCUAUCUUGCCAGGAGCAGUUUAAGUCUGUUGUGUCGAAGAAUAAGGGAUUGUUGAAUAAAUCCCCUGCUGAUCGUUACGUAAUGGAAUAUUACGAAAGGAGUGUGAAAGCUUUAGAUGUGUGUAAUGCGAUACGUGAUGGGAUUGAGUUGAUCAGGCAAUGGCAGAAGCAGUUGGAGAUUGUUUAUUAUGCAUUGGAUAACCAGAGGAGUAUUGGGGAAGGUCAAAUUCGUCGUUCAAUGAAAGCUUUGAUUGAUUUGGCAAUUGGAAUGAUUGAUGAAAAAGAGAGUAAUUCAAGUUUUGCUCAUAGAAACAGGUCAUUUGGACGAAACAAUGCUCAGAAGGAUAAUAAUUCGUUGGGCCAAUUUCGAUCAUUAUCAUGGAGUGUAUCGCGGAAUUGGUCUGCUACUAAGCAACUUCAAGCAAUUGGUCAAAACUUAGUUGCUCCAAAAAAUAAUGAAAUUAGUGCCACCAAUGGAUUAGCUACAGCUGUUUUUACAAUGAGUUAUGUGCUUUACUUUGUAAUGUGGACGCUUGUGGCUGCAAUUCCUUGCCAAGACCGUGGCCUUCAAACGCAUUUUCAUGUUACUAGGCAAUUCGUUUGGGCUGCUCCUGUUCUCACCCUCCAUGAUAGGAUUUUGGAGGAGUCAAGAAAGAGGGAGCGUAAAAAUGUUUGUGGAUUGUUGAGGGAGAUUAAUAAGAUUGAGAUGUGUGCCCGCCACAUGAAUGAAUUGACCGAUACCAUUCACUUCCCCCUUUCAGAGGAAAAGGAAGGAGAAGUUAAGCAAAGAGUUCAGGAGCUUGGGAUAGUCUACUAUGGUCUAAAAGAUGGAUUGGGCCCGUUGGAGCGUCAGGUACGAGAAGUGUUUCAUAGGAUUGUUCGAAGCAGGACUGAGGGGCUCGACUCUAUUGGAUGAGGGAUUCAUUAGUGUUACAGUGUUCUUUUCCUCUAUACGGGAGCCUUGGUGUAACCAGUAAAGUUGUUUUCAGUUUUCACGUGACCAGGAGGUCAAGGGUUCGAGCAGUAGAAACAACCUGUUGCAGAAAUGCAGGGCAAGGCUGCGGACAACAGACCCUUGUGAUCCGGCCGUUUCUUGAACUCCGUGCAUCGCGGGAGCUUAGUGCACCGGGUUGUCCUUUUCUGACAGGAGUAGUGGCUUUGUCAUUGACCGUCUUCGUGGUCAAUAGCAGAACGUUGUCAAUGACUUAUUAUAAGGUUUUGUUGACCAAUGCCCAUCUGAAGUUCUUGUUUUCUACUUGAAAUUGUCUGAUAUUUCAGGUUAGUAUUAAACAAUUCUCAUCAUGUGAGCUGUAAGGAGGUUGUGGUCUCAAGAUAUUGGUCAAAGGCUUUUCGUUGACUGAGUCAAAUGUCUCGAUAAUGGUAGCCACAAAGUUAAUUUUAGUCAAACAAAAGCAUCUUCAGGUAAUGACUAAUUUCUCACUAAUUUGCCUGCAUGUUCUUGCUUAUCUAUAUCACAAGAUAUAUUAGUAUUAUAUAUAACAAGUUUUUGUACGUUUAUGUCUUGAGCCACGUCUCAAUCUCAGCUGCUAUCGUUUAGUAAAGAUGUCUUUUUGUUUUACAAUAUUGUGAACAAACAACAUGUUACAUACAUUGAUAACGUAAAAAUCCUUUAUACCGUAUAGUAUAGCCUGUAGGUGCUUAAGUUAAACUCGGUAAACUAUUGUUCCAUUUAAAUCAGGACCCAAUUUUAAUGUUUAACAAUGUAUUCAUGUGUUUGGAAUCAAAUGCUAAAUCUUGUUUGAAGGCGAAUUUGGACGAAACUUUGUAAGAAGACUUUCGUCCACAUAACCUCAUAAUCCAAAGUAUAAUUGUUUAUGAAGCAAAGCAUUUGUGCUUUUCUCUCAAAUCUAGCAUAUGCUUUUGUUAGUUCUUGACUUAAAAUUAGUAUUUUAACUUUGCUCAAUCAAGUUUUCCUCAACAAUCACCAAAAAUGGAUACGGAAUUGAGAUCCAAGGUAGCAAGAGUUUCAGAUGAAUUCAACUCCAAUGAAUUCUUUCAGUUUCCGAGAGAUCGAGCUGGCGUUGCUUUCCAGUCUACAGAAACAAACUCUAUGUUCGUCGUCACUGCUCAUUUGAAAGGUUAUACGCGAGGAAACAUAAAGGUUGAUCUUAACGAGAACAAGACUAAACUGGUGGUAACGUGUGAGAAGCCGGUCCAAGAAACUCUAACGAUUGGGCAUGAAGUGAUCAAGAAAGAUGUACAGAUUAGAAAAUUUACAAAGUCAAUCCAGAUUCCAGAUGGGGUAAUCGUGGACGAAAUUAUAACUAAUUUCAAUGAGGAAACCUCCAACCUGACUAUUACAAUGCCAAAGAGGUUGAAGGAGCCAGAGCUUGUUACCCAGACGCCUUGUACAAUUCUUAAAAGAGCGAGAUUUCAAGAAGACGAAGGAUCAGCUGAUUCAGUAACUGCAUCUCGAAAAGGACUAAUCGAACAGCAUGAUGCUAAAGAUGAAGUUCCCGAAAGGAAAAUCGAAACAGGUGAAUGUAGAAAUUUGAAAAAUGAUGAAGUUUGUGAAAAAGAGGAGGAUAAACUGCCUAAAAGGAGCAAGGUAUGUGUUCCUGUUAUUGUUGGAUCAGGUGUAAUGUUAUCUGUAGUUGUCUUUGUGAUUCUUUUUAUGAGAAAAAAGAAG